UUUACUUUGACAGUCCUGAUAGGGGCAGCAGGCAGGUUCGACUCGCCCUCCCGGAACUCUCUGCAGCCGCAGUGGCUCUAAUCAUUUUAACACAGGGGUUCGGUCCAACAUGGCGGCGCACGGAUGGAAAUACUGAUGACAGUCCGAAAGAUCGCCUCGAUUUGUACGAUGGGCGCCAAUGCCUCUGCCUUGGAAAAGGAGAUCGGACCAGAACAGUUUCCUGUUAAUGAACACUACUUUGGAUUAGUCAAUUUUGGAAACACCUGCUAUUGUAACUCUGUGCUUCAGGCUCUAUAUUUCUGCCGACCGUUCAGAGAGAAGGUCCUGGCUUAUAAGGUGCAGCCUCGGCGGAAGGAGUCCCUCCUCACCUGCCUGGCGGACCUCUUCAACAGCAUCGCCACCCAGAAGAAGAAAGUCGGCGUCAUCCCUCCCAAGAAAUUUAUUUCCCGGCUAAGGAAGGAAAACGAGUUGUUCGACAACUACAUGCAGCAGGACGCCCACGAGUUCCUCAACUACCUCCUCAACACUAUCGCAGACCUCCUCCAGGAGGAGAAGGGCCAGGAGCGCCAGCAGAACGGAAAACUGGUGCAGAACGGGAGCGGAGGAGGAACAGGAGGAGGAGAGGGAGGAGAAAGCGAGGGUGGAAAGGAGACGCAGCAGACUUGGGUCCACGAGAUCUUCCAGGGAACGCUGACCAACGAGACGCGCUGCCUCAACUGCGAAGCCGUGAGCAGUAAAGACGAAGACUUCCUGGAUCUAUCGGUGGACGUGGAGCAGAACACUUCAAUCACGCACUGUCUCAGGGGCUUCAGCAACACAGAGACGUUAUGCAGCGAGUAUAAAUACUACUGUGAGCAAUGCCGCAGCAAGCAGGAAGCCCAGAAAAGGAUGAGGGUAAAAAAGCUGCCGAUGAUCCUCGCCCUCCACCUGAAGAGAUUCAAGUACAUGGACCAGCUGCACCGCUACACCAAGCUGUCCUAUCGGGUCGUCUUCCCUCUGGAGCUUCGGCUUUUCAAUACGUCUGGGGACGCCACCAACCCCGACCGGAUGUAUGACCUGGUCGCCGUGGUGGUACACUGUGGCAGCGGUCCCAACCGUGGACACUACAUCACUAUCGUCAAGAGCCACGGCUUCUGGCUGCUGUUUGAUGACGACAUUGUGGAGAAAAUCGACGCACAGGCGAUAGAGGAGUUCUACGGCCUGACGUCCGACAUCUCCAAGAACUCUGAGUCGGGUUACAUCCUGUUCUACCAGUCCAGAGACUGAAAAGAAAAAAAAAAAAAUAAAAAUCCCCC